UUUGCCUUUACUCCCAACAGUGUAAUAAGGUUGAGGGGAAGAGAGGGUUUUACCAGAGACUCUCACUAUUAUGAUCACUCAUCACUUUUACCCAAAAACAGAUGCCUCUGUUUACACUUUUUUCACUUCUCUCCUUCAACCCACCUUAAGCUCUUCUCUGUUUCCAGCUCAUUUUCUUCUUCUUCCUUCCCCCAUUAUUCUUUUCCCAAUUUUAGCAUACUCUUCAUUUUCCUUCGUUUUCUGCUCUAAAUCUUCCUCUUUCCUACAAAUCUUCACUUUAUUCAUUCAUUCAUCUUCUGGGUCUUUGCCUUUUUUCAUAUACUACUUCCCCAUCUCUCUAGUUUUUAGUCUUUUUGUAUACAGAUUAUGAUCUUCUUGUUUGGUUUCUUAUUGGGUUUUAUUUUCUGACUUACCCACAUAGACUUCUUCUAUUUUUUUUUUUUUUUUCUCUUUUUGAUUUCUGUAUGUUGAAUUUUGAUCGAGUUUUGUCUGCCACUAGUUUCUGUUACUGACUGUUUGAACUCACUAUCUUUAUCCGGUAACUUUGGAGCUUGAGUUCUAUGUUUUGGUCAAUGAAUCCUGUACGAAUUCCUACUUUGUUCUUCCUUCUAUACUUUGCUGUUCUUCUUCAAGAUCAUUCCCUCUGUUCUUCUUACCCCACGCCCUUGAAUUGUACGGACACAACUCGUUUAUGCACUUCGUUUUUGGCCUUUAAGGCUCAGCCAAAUCAGACCCUUUCUGUGAUCCAGAGUAUGUUCGACGUAUUGCCUGAAGAUGUAACCGUUGAAGGGAAUGGUCAGGACUAUGUGUUCAUCAGGAAGAACUGCUCCUGUGCCUCUGGGUUGAAGAAAUACAUAACCAACACCACUUUUACUAUCAAAUCCAAUCACGGCCGUGUAUAUGACAUAGUCAUGGAAGCGUAUGAUGGGCUUGCGUUGUUACCCAACACAACUCGAAUGGCAAGGAACGGCGCUGUCGUGUCUUUGAGAUUGUUUUGUGCUUGUUCAAGCGGGUUGUGGAACUAUUUGAUGAGCUAUGUGAUGAGAGAUGGUGAUACCAUAGAGUCUUUGGCUAGCCGAUUUGGGGUUAGUAUGGAUAGCAUUGAGUCGGUGAAUGGAAUUGAAAAUCCCGGUAAUGUUACUGUGGGCGCUUUGUAUUACAUUCCCUUGAAUUCGGUUCCUGGAGAUCCUUAUCCGUUGAAAACAGACAUUUCUCCUGCUCCUACUCCAGCUCCUUCUUAUACUCUGAGCAAUUUCUCAGAUAAUGCUGAGAGCCCCAAACGUCAUCCUCCAUAUAUAUGGAUCGUUGGAAGUUUGGGAAUUAUUCUUGUUCUGAUUUUGGUAGGCAUAGUAGGUUAUGCUUGCUUCAGGUGGUUGAAAUGCUUUUCUAGAUCAAGGAGUAGCCACUCCAAAGAUCCCAGUGGAAAGGUUUCCCACAAGUUCCAUAUUCUUGGGAAGUCGAGUUUCUGCUGUGCUUCAGGAAGGUAUAUUUGCUGCAGUUCUGCAGAUUGGAAGCAAGCCAACAGGGAAUCCAGCGACAACCAGAGUGCAAUUCCAAAAGCUAUUGAGAACAAUGUAUUUGAUGUGGACAAACCUGUGGUUUUUUCAUGCGAAGAAAUUGUUUCCUCAACCGAUAGUUUCUCUGAUUCAAGUCUACUUGGCCAUGGAACUUAUGGUUCAGUGUACUAUGGCGUCCUGCGUGAUCAGGAAGUUGCCAUAAAAAGAAUGACUGCAACAAAAACUAAAGAGUUUAUGGCAGAGAUGAAAGUCCUCUGCAAGGUUCAUCAUGCUAACCUGGUAGAAUUGAUUGGUUAUGCCGCCAGUGAGGAUGAGUUGUUUCUUAUUUAUGAAUAUGCUCAAAAAGGUCCCCUCAAAAGCCAUUUACAUGAUCCUCUGAACAAGGGUCAUACGCCACUAUCUUGGAUUAUGAGACUCCAAAUUGCUUUGGAUGCUGCGAGAGGUCUUGAGUACAUUCAUGAGCAUACUAAAACUCAUUACGUCCAUAGAGAUAUUAAGACGAGCAACAUCUUACUUGAUGGUUCUUUUAGAGCAAAGAUUUCUGACUUUGGGUUGGCCAAGCUUGUUGGAAAAACAAAUGAGGGUGAAGCUACAGUAACCAAAGUUGUUGGUACAUACGGUUAUUUGGCUCCCGAAUAUUUGAGUAAUGGUCUUGCCACAACCAAAAGUGAUGUGUAUGCUUAUGGUGUCGUUCUUUUUGAGCUUAUAACUGGAAAGGAGGCAAUUAUACGAACUGAGGGGACAACUAUGAAGAAUCCUGAAAGACGGUCACUAGCAUCUAUUAUGUUAACUGUUCUUCGGAAUGCACCUGAUCCCAUGAAUAUGGCAAGUCUGAAAGAUCAAGUUGAUCCGAGUAUGAUGGAUUUGUAUCCUCAUGACUGUCUAUUUAAGGUGGCCAUGUUGGCAAAGCAAUGUGUAGAUGAAGAUUCAAUUCUACGUCCCGACAUGAAGCAAGUUGUGAUAUCCUUGUCACAAAUCCUACUCUCUUCGAUCGAGUGGGAAGCCACUCUAGCUGGUAACAGCCAAGUUUUUAGUGGUCUUGUCCAAGGAAGAUAGUUGUGAAACUCCAUCACCUCAACCCAUCAAUCUGCCAUAUGGCCAUCUACUCUUUUGCCCAUUGAACCUCUCCUGAUUCAUCUUCUCUAAUUGUAUAGCAUCAGCAGCCACCCUUCGUAUGCCUUCAGAAAGUCGAUGUCUAUUAAUCAGUAACCAUUUCAUAUUCUUGCAUUGUCAAUUUUUGCCUACAAUCUUCGCAUCCUCCCUUGGCUGCCUAAGUAAAGCUUUUUGAGGUUUCCUAGUACAAGUAAAGAGCACACUUAUGUUGAAUAAUCUCCUUCUGGCUUUGUGAAGGGCCACAAAUGCACCCCAUGCACAUAAUUGCAUUUAUUAUCA